UGUGCUUUGUAGCCAGCGCCAGUGCACUAAGAAUGACUGGUGCCAAGUCUGUGACCCGUUCUUCCUGUGUUUCGGAAUUACCAGGGGGUUAGACAGGGGAAAGCCAAGCUCACUGAGCUGGGAUCUGGGUAGGCUUCAGCUGGCUUUCUUAGAGAGGAUGGGAAGCUCUUGGCUUUGGUUUGAAGAGGACACUUUCCUUUUGCUUCAUGCUUCACCGGUCCUUCCUCCAGGGGCUCAGGUGUGCCCAGAGAUGUGUCCAUGGGAAGUGCUAGCCCCGCUGUGCACACGUGGAUCUGCCCGGGCUGCAGACUGUGUGACCCCGUGUAAGCAAAGCCAGUCUCGGGGACCCAUGUGCAUCAUCUUCUUUAAGUUCGAUCCUCGCCCUGUUUCCAAAAAUGCAUACAGGCUCAUCCUGGCAGCCAACAGGGAUGAAUUCUACCAGAGACCAUCCAAGACAGCAGACUUCUGGGGGAACAACAACGAGAUCCUCAGUGGGCUCGACAUGGAGGAAGGCAAGGAAGGAGGCACGUGGCUGGGUAUCAGCACGCGUGGGAAGCUGGCGGCGCUCACCAACUACCUGCAGCCACAUCAGGACCCUGCUGCCAGGGGCCGAGGUGAACUUGUGGCCCAAUUUCUGACCACGGACAUGGACAGUCUAUCCUACCUGAAGAAGGUCUCCACAGAGGGUCACCUGUACAAUGGUUUCAACCUCAUAGCAGCCGACCUGAGCACAGAGAAGGAAGAUGUCAUCUGCUACUAUGGAAACCAAGGGGAUCCCGAACCCAUUGUCCUGGCACCAGGCACCUAUGGACUGAGCAACGCGCUGCUGGAGACGCCUUGGAAGAAGCUGUGCUUUGGGAAGCAGCUCUUCAUGGAGGCUGUGGAGCGGAGCCAGGCACUCCCUAAGGAUGUCCUCAUUGCCCAGCUUCUGGAUGUGCUCAACAACGAGGAGGCGCAGUUGCCGGACCCGGCCAUUGAGGACCAGGGCAGGGAGUACGUGCGGCCCAUCCUGAGCAAGUACGCGGCUGUGUGCGUGCGUUGCCCAGACUACGGCACCAGAACCAACACGGUCAUCCUCGUGGAUGCAGACGGACACGUGACCUUCACAGAGCGCAGCAUGCUAGACAAGGACCCUUCCCGCUGGGAGACCAAUACCUAUGAGUUUAGGCUGCAGAGCUAAGUCCUACCCCUGGGUGUGGCCAGACAGCCCCUGUGAGGCCCUGCCUUGAGGGCUGGAUGGGAACCUUCCACAGCACAUGCACUGCCCAUGCGUGACUCCACCAGUGUCCCUCAGGAACAGGGCCCGCUGAUUUGUGUGUGAUCUCUGUGUCCCUAUAUCCAGAUGGAGGUCCACCCUUAUGCCAGUGGGAAUGACAGGAUCCCACAGCCAGUUCAGGGACAGGUCCAGGUGUGCUGUGCAUGUGUGAAUGCACCUGGCCCUGCCCCCUGCCCAUGCAUAAAGACACACACACAAGGCACAUGCUUACACACAUGCCUAUACAUGCACAGGCACACAUGUACACCCAUUGGGCACACAUGCGCAGGCACAGGCAAUAGCCAUGUGCACACAUGCUAGCACACACACAUGCCCUCGUACCAGACAAGCAGAGAUGUGCCUCUCACCCCCACACGUGCUUUUGGCCAGUGGGUCUUUGCUUUGAUCAAAACAACAGUAGACCUUUGUUAAAAAAGUCCCCUUCUCUCCUGGGCAUAGUCUAGUUCCUGACAACCAGACCUGCUUUUGAAGGAGAGAAAGGCCACACUGGGAAUGAGGAAUGAAAAAGACCCAAGAAAAACCUACUCUCCUAACAGAAGCUCAGGUCUGGUUGGUGGACCCAGUAGUCCUGUGUGCUCUAGGGGGUCCCACGUGCAUGGGACUGUCCCGUGACUGGGAGUCCUGUGUGUGCUGGGCACCUCAGCAGCCUGUCAGGCCCUGCCUGCCCACUGGGUGUGGGUUCUGGGCAGGCCCAGCUCAGCGAGGGGACACAGCCAGCCCCUGCCUCUCCCUUCUCCUUGGCGAGGCAGACCUCAUAGGGAUCUGUACUUGAACGUGAGAUGGCGAUAAUAAAACUCUGUGGCUGUGGUGAGUCCACACAUUCCAGGCCCUUAACUUGUGUGCUGGGGACACUGGAGCUAUUGUGUGUGAGGGGCUGGGGGCUGCUCGCCCAGGCCGCAGGAGUUCCCACGGCACAGGUGCUGGUACAAGGCUCCUUCAAUUUCCUGCUUUCGCUUAUGGCCUGAGUGCUCUGAGGGUCGUUGGGCAGAAGCCGGGGUGCGGGAGAGCCCGUGUAUAUAGGACACAGCAGGUGCCAGUGACAGGGCCUCCUGAGCUGGGCUGAGGAGCCAGGGAUUUACCCAGGUGCAGUGGGGAGCCCCCGAGAACCCCCAGAGGGAGCAGUGUGGUCAGACUUGCACUUGGUGUGGACCAUGGAGGCCAGAUGGUGGGGUGGGUUUCAGGGUAAGAGGGUAAUGGAGUCUAUCUCAACCCCAGGACCGGGGUUUUGGGCAAACACUCGGGAGUCGCUGUCCCUAGCUGGGGCCAAACAUAAGGGAGUUUUCCACAUGUUGAAUGCCAUGACCCUGGCUUCCCUCUGCCUCUGUAGCUGACCCCCAACUUGGCCUUUGCAGAGAAAUGAGACCUUGGGGAAGACUGUGGACCUGCAUCAGGCCUGGCUGGCCUGCUCACCCCUUCUUCCUUCCCACUUCUCACGGGCCUGAUGUUCUCCUUGGCUCUCUUUGACCUCAGAGGAAAAGUGCUUGAGCAUAUCCAGGCCUGAAGGGGGGUAGUAUAGGUGACACAGCCCAUGUUCCCAGGCCCAAGAGAGCCUGUGUACAUGGGACACAGGAGGUACCAGUGACAGGGCCUCCUGAUCUGGACCGAGGAGCUAGGGACUGACCCAGGCGCGGUGGAGAACCCCUGAGGGAGCAGAGUGGUCAGACGUGCGCUCUGUGGACCAUGGAGGCGCCUCAGGCUCCCAGCUCAGGCACUGCUAGUGCCCGGCACCCUUUGUCUGCCUCACAGCAUGGACCCUGUGCCAGUAUCCGCCCUGGCCAGGCACGUCCACCCUCGUGGGGCACCACUGGGCUGGGAGCAGAGCCAUCGAAGAGCCUCCAAAUAAUGUUCACCUCUGCCCUGGGAAGAGGCAUCAGGGGAAAGCUUCCCCACCCUUGUCAUGGGCCGCUCUGUGUCCAGCCUGCCCAGGGCUCCCCAACAGCCUGGGUCCCCUGAGGAAGGGGCAGCUCAAGGUGUGGUUCUGUGAUUGUUAGGGGUUGAAUUUUGUGCCCCCAAAAGAUACGCUGUAAUCCUUAUUCGGGACCUUAUUAGGUCUUUAUAGAGGUAAUCAAGAUAAAAUGAGGUCAUUGGUGGGGGCCUAAACAAAUAUAACUGGUGUCCUUAUAAAAAGGAAAAUUUGGAUACAGACAGACACGCACUAGAGAGAAUGCCCUAUGAAGACAAUCAUCACGCUGUCACAUGCCAAGAAAUUACCAGAAGCUGAGAGAGGCCUGGAACAGAUCCUUUCCUGGCACCAUUAGAGGGAGUGUGGCCCUGCUGUCACAUUGAUCUCAGACUUCAGACCUUCAGAACUGUGAGAGAAUAAAAUUCUGUUGUUUAUGCCAGCGGUCCCCAACCUUUUUGGCAUCACAGAGGGUUUC